AUUAUCAAACGACAGACUGACAGGCACACACACAAACAUAAAAUUUUUUCUAACUUUACUUUACUAGUAUAGGUGUGAUUUCGUGGAGAGUGAGUGACUCUUGUUAUCAUUAAAAUUUUUAUCAUUAAUCAUUUAGUAGGUGGAUCACGCGGACAUUUACAAAAACACAAUGGCAGAUACCACAGUGGACGCAACUAAACGAUUAAACGUCAAAAAACAGACUCUAGACGAUGCAUACGCAGCACCAGCUAAUUUUUUGGAGAUCGACGUGAUCAAUCCGAUCACCCAUGGUGUCGGCAAAAAAAGAUAUACUGAUUACGAAGUUCGCAUGAGGACCAACUUGCCAGUUUUCAAAGUUAAAGACUCGAGUGUGAGAAGGAGAUACAGCGAUUUCGAGUGGUUAAGAAAUGAACUAGAAAGAGACAGCAAGAUCGUAGUGCCUUCAUUACCCGGCAAGGCGUGGAAACGUCAGAUGCCUUUCCGUGGAGACGAUGGUAUUUUUGAGGAUGAGUUUAUUGAAGACCGUAGAAAGGGGUUAGAACUAUUUGUCAACAAGAUCGCAGGACAUCCUUUGGCACAAAAUGAAAGAAGUUUACACAUGUUUCUCCAAGAGCCAGUUUUAGAUAAAAACUAUGUCCCAGGAAAAAUACGAAAUACGUAGAUAUUUUAUAAAAAUGCCUUUCAUCAAAUUAAUAAUUAAUGAUUUUUAAAUUAAGAACACAACACAACAGUAUAUAUAUAUAUAUAUAUAUAAUACUACUAUCAUUAUUGUUAUCUAAGUAUUUUUCUUAUACUACUUUUACAUAUGUUUUCAUUAAUUAAUAAUUAAAAUUACGUAAUUUUUAUUAUUUUUAAUUUUACUAUACAUAAAUCUUAUAAUAAAUUAUUUCAAUAUAAAUAGUAGACCAUCAAUCAUCUUCAGGUGCUACUUUUAUUUUUCUGAGAGGUGUUCGUAAUUUAUCUAUUGAAUAAGAGUCAUAAAAUUGCUAUUAAUUGUUAAAUUAAAAAUAAACAGUCUAAAAUAA